AUGCGACUGCAUGCUUUACAGGGCGCUAUCAGCAAGUAUCGAGUGGUCCGCAGAAUCAAGGGGCCUAGAGGCACCAGGCUGGCAGAACGCGUUGCCCACCGCGCCGCGGGCUCUCACCGUUCGCAGCCUUUUAAAAUCAUCGACCAGUCGAUAACCAGCGACGUCGCCAAUGGGCAGUACGAUACGAACUGGGCUGGAGCAGCUUACGCUGAAUCUGAGGCACGGAUCAUUCACAGCCGUGACCGGCAUGUUUGCGGUCCCCACUCCCAGUGCACCCAGUGGCAGUUCGGGCGACACAUAUCUGCAGCUGCUUGGGUCGGAAUCGAUGGCUACACUUGCGAGAACGCCAUCCUGCAGACCGGUGUCGACUUUACGGUCGACGAGUACGGCGAUGUCUCGUAUAGCGGUACGCAAGCCACGGUUCGUCCUAAAGCGUUGCGUUAUUCUGACGAUACUUCCAAAAGCCUGGUCCAGCUUACUGUGACGGCGAGCAGCACGACAUCGGGGACUGCGUACAUCGAGAACCCGUCGACGGGACAGACAGUGACCCAGGACCUGAGCUCUUCGUAUGCCCUGUGCGAGGAAAAUGCGGAAUGGAUCGUCGAGGACUAUGAGGAGGAUGGUUCACUCGUCGCCUUUGCUGACUUCGGCACCGUUACGUUUACCAAUGCAGAAGCGACCUACGAUGGAGAAACCGUUGGCCCAUCGACCGCGACGCUCAUCAAUAUCGAGCAGAAUGGCGAGGUCUUGACCUCGGUGUCGACAGAUUCCUCGUCGGUCACGAUCAGCUAUCAGUAA